UUGUUUGUUGUUGUUUUGCCGUCGGGGUAGCAUGCACGUCGGGGUCCGCGCGUGAAAUAAUAAGAAAUAAGUAAAUAGUUUUAGAAACAGAACAAUAAAACUUGACAACAGCAUAAGCCAUUUUCGAUUUGUACGCAGUAUAAAUUCAAUAAGUACACACCUGAUUUGCAGACGUGUGUUUUUUGUGGGCGCGCAAAAUCGUUAAUUAGUUUGAUUAAAAAGUGCGACAAAAUAGAUGCACAAUAUACGUAUUCGUGUAUGUAUUGGUAUUGUAUGCGCCUACAUUGGCUGCUUGUCAAAACGUCCCUCGACUGCCCCAUAAUAAUAAUAAUAAUAAGCGAAACGAAAUGGCCAGCAAAUAAAAACAAAAAUAGCAAUAUUCAAUCAAAAGAAGAGCGCGCGCGUGUUGUGUAUAUUGUGUACUUUUGCUGCUUGCUUGUGUAUUUUGGCUAAGACAGGAAGAGAUCAUUUGCCAAAAAGAGAAGAGCAAGCAGCGUGUGUGUAUGCAUACGAGUAAAUGUAAAUAAAAAAGAAGAAAAGUGCAAAGCGAAAGUUCCAUUGUGUAAAAUCUUGAGUGCGUCCAAUGAAGCAUUUGUUUAACUUUUUUUUGUUGCUUGUGUUUGUGCCUCACUCAAGCCAAGCCGCGUGCGUGUUAGACAAAUAAAGGCAAUUGCAACGCAAAGCGAGACCCACGGACUACAACAAUCACAAUAACUGCAGUGAAAACAGCAACAGCGACGAGCAGCGAAAGAGCUGCAAGCGGAAAAGAAAAAGCAGAGCAAAGCAAUUCUUUCUGUUUCAAGUGAACUGCAAUAAAAUUCAAUUGUGUGGCCAGAUGUGUUUAAUAAAUGAUUGCGAUUGUUGCGCCAAUUGUAUAUUAUUAUGGCCUUGUUGAAUAAACUGUUCUUUCCGUCGGUACCAGCAACACCCACGCAAUCAACGCCAACAACCCAAGCAACAGCAGCAGCAACAACAACACCCGCAACGCCGCUAAAUUAUGGCCAACAAACAGUAGCGGAGGCGGCAUCACGUACACACGCCUCUGCCGCUGCCUCUGCUGCCGCAUCUGCCGGCAAUAAUAGUUCGUCGUCCGGCAAAUCAACUCAAACAUCCAGAAAUUAUCUAAGCCAGUUCCCAUUCGAUGCGAGCCAGGUGCGCGUCCUGCUGUACAGAGAGAAUGACAGUCAUGGACGACGUCUGCUCUUCGAUUCCCAUGCACUGCAAAAGGUGACGUUUAAGGAUGCCGGCUGCAAGAGCAGCCGAUCCUCGAACAACAACAACAGCAGUGGAGGCGGAGGCAAGUUCCUUAAGAAUGACAAAUAUACAUCGCUGCAGAAUGGCAAAAUUCAGGCGAAAGCACAUUCCAACAAUAACAUCAGCAAUCUGAUCGAAGUAUGUCCCGAAUAUGGAUACAAGCACAAUCGUCCGACUGGCGCGGAUAUUAUGCCCAUUGGUGAGAUGGUCUUUGGCUCCUUGGCGAUGUCGUUUUGUGGCACGGCGCUGAAGGUGCACUGGCUGCCGCAACCGGCUCGCAUUCUUUGCUCCCAGGUGUAUUUAACGCCUACGGGCAGUGGUACGGUUGGUGGUGCAACUGGCAGCGUUGGCGGCGGUGGUCAUUCGCCCUAUUCCACGCUCUCCAUCAGCAGCCUUACGCCGCGCAGUUCCAUUUGCAGUGAGCACGGCUCCAUGGAUGGCCUCUCCAUGAACUCGUUCUCGAUCCCGUUCAGCGUCAGUGUCAGCCGGCCGUUGAGUUUGACGCCACCAUUGGAUGUGCCGGGGCCGGUGCCGUCGCCGGACCAGCGAUCGCUGUCGAUUGCAGACAGUGGGCCACGCUUCUCCUCAACAUACAGCAAUGCGACCGAUUCAGGUUAUUCGGCCAGCGCCAGUGGCAGUGGCACCGGUGACGCCUAUUCCAGCGGGGAUCAGUGGUCGUGUCAGUAUUCCACGCGCAGCAGCCUCGGCAGCCUCGAUCAAUCGGAUGCGAUGCGCAAGCUCAGCCUGGACGAUUGUGCCUUCUAUGCCAGUUCGCCACAUCUGGAUGAGUUCGCCAGCGAUGGCUGUCUGCAGCGCCGAAUCUCGCGCAAUCUGCGCACUUCCUUCGAGUGCGAGCAUUCCAAGAACGAUUACAUUGGCUACCUCAGCGACAACUAUGCCACCAUGGCCAAUGCUCAGGCGAAUCCGGGCAAUGCGAAUCCCGGCACUGGCGGCGUUGCCACCGGCGGCAGUGAGGGCAGCGGUAUGGCGCCACCGCAAUACAGGCGCGCCAGCUACUGUGCCAAUGAGUCGCGCAGCAAUCCAGAGAUGGGACGCCGACCGGCGAAUCUGCGACGCCGGUCGAAACUCGGCCUGGCCGUGUGCAUCACCAUGAGCGAAUCCUUCGAGGAGGAAAUGGAGCUCUUCUGCAGCGAGCACAUUGCGCUGCUCGAGUCCAUGCUGAGUCGACUGAGGGCCAGCACGGAGCACGCCUACAUCAAUCCCAAGAACUUGCUGCAGAUCAUGUUCCAGGCCUGGCGGGAUACGCAGCAAUGGUUCAGCGAUCUGUUUACGGCGCCGCGCAUCAAGACGCCCGUUUGGCUGAGCAUCACGACCAGUGGCAGCAAGUACUCCAAGACCGUCGCCGAGCGCUUCAUCAAGGAACUCUGCGAUCUGCUCUCCUUUGCCGAUACCAAGGAUUCCAAUUUCUUCAUCAGCACCAUGCUGACGGGCAUACUCACCUACCACCUCGGCUGGGUGGCCACUGUUUCCGCAUUCAACAGCUCCAGCUCACGACGCUCGACGGCAUCCCCUUCAACGGCGGCGAUUGAGCGACGUGCCAAGUUGCUGCAGGUCUCGCAGAAGCAUCCGUAUAAUGCGCUCUGGGCACAACUGGGGGAUUUGUAUGGAGCAAUUGGAAUGCCACCGAAACUGGCACGCACCGUCAUCUAUGGAUCGGAGAAGAUGUGGGUAGAGAAACUCUUAAAUGUGCUCACGUAUUUCAUACGCUGCAGCGAGGUGCGACGCGCCGCCAAGCGAGAGGACUUUAACAAGCAGCUCAUCACGGAUCUGGUCAUCAGCCAGAGCAAUCAGGAGCGGCACAAGAGUCCGCCCAUGAUGCGGUCACGUGCGGCUGCAGCUGGUGCAGGAUUGAGUCGCACCGCUACCUGUAAACAGAAUCUGAAUGCAAUUGUCGAUGAUGCUGAUCUGCUGCAGCAACAGCAGCAGGACGAUUUGCUUAGCGGCGGUGAUGAACUGGAUUUGGAGCAGCUGCAACAGCAGCAACAAGAGGAGAAUGCUCAGUUCAUUGGCACGCUGAAGAAGAAUGAGAUUCCAAAUGUGCUGGCAUUUCGUGACUCGCACUUUGUGCAGCAGGAGCUGCGUAUUGGCAACUAUCUGAUGGACACGGGCAUCGACAAGAAGACGCUACUCGCUCGCCAAGCCCAGCAAUAUUUUCGCACUGGCAAAGAUGGACGCAUACGUCUGACGGUGACGUCGCCGGAGAACGUUGAGAUGUGCAUGGAGGAGGAUUCGAAUGCGGGAUCUGCGGGCACCGGCGGCAGCAUCGAUGAUGGCGCUAUCGAAGCGCUCGAUUUCGAUGAUAACAAAUCAUCCGAGACGACGCCAGCUUUGGAAACGGAACAGAAGCAAGCGGCGGUGCCAAGCAAAAAGAAUUUCUUCUGGAACAUUGUGCCCGCUGGCGUUAAGGAGGGGCUCAGUCUCAGCGAUCUUGCCAAACUGCAGAAGGGCGUCAAGAUGAUCAAUCGUAAGCUGGAGCGACGCUGUAGCAGUUACUCCGUCGAAAGCGAUACGCCAUCCAUCAGCAAUGAAGAAGUGGAAUCUCUCGACCAGGAGCGACGCGUCUCGCACUUGUCGCUCUCGUAUCUAAUCACACAGAAUAGUAUGGGCAAGAGCGAUCGCAUGACGUGGGGCAUUGAGCCCAUCAAGGAGAAUGUCAGUCUCGAGGAGCAAAUCCAUUUUGAUCUCUGCCAGAAACUAAUCGAACGGGAGCACGGCAUCUGCCGUCAGACAGCCGGGGAUAAUGGCAACGGUGUCGUCUUUGUUCUCGGCGACAAUGAGCCACUGAUCAAUCUCAAGAAGAGCAGCGAGGAUCUCACAGAUGACACAAGCAAGCCAGCAAUGCUGUGCGCCCUGCAUCAACGCACCCAUGACGCUUCCCUUGCCAACAAGAAGCACUCGGGCAUGAAGUUCAACUUUGAGCAGUAUCCACAGAUAGCGACCAAUUAUAUGAAGAGCAAGAAUUUGGUCAUGUCCAACUAUGAUCUGCUGAUGGAUAAGGCCUCCAAACUGGAGGCCAACGAGACGCUCAAGCCCAGCGACAGCAGCGUAACGCUCUACCAGCUGCAGCAGCAACAUCAAGCUGAGCUCGCAAGCAGCAGCAGUUCCCUAAUCUCGGCAACGGCUGUGGGCAGUGAUCGUUGCAUCGUUUGCAACAGUGGUGGCACGCUCAGUGGCAGUGGCGCCACAUACCAGACACCCUCCAAUGCCACUGAGCUGGAGUUUGAAACGGAUGAGGUGCAUUGCUACAUCGAGAGCAGCAACAGCUCCAGCGCCUUGCAGCCCGUGAACUCGGCUGCCUCGAUUGAUACGCUCAAAUCGAUGCCGGAACCGGCAUCGACGCCCAACUACACUCGACGACAGCAGGCGAAACGUGUGCCUUCGCAGCGUAGCUCCGUCUCCUCGGUGGCAGCCAAAUGUGCGGCCGUCAAUGAGUCUCAGCAGAUGCUGAAGCUGCCAGUGCCGGGCAUCAAGGAGCUGCCCCAAGAGGACGAGCCACCCGGUGAUAAGCUGCGCGCCGGCUUUAUUCCAUCGCUAUUGCUGAGCGUUAGCGAUCACUAUGUCUCCGAUAUGGUUCUACAGGGCACCUGUGCACCGCCGAAUAAGUGGGAAAUGAAUCUGCGCGAGGAUUUGGCGCUGGCCGCACGUUCCGCCUCGCUCAUCUCACAGCCGGCCGAGAAUAUUGCCAUUGUCGCUGACAUGGAUAAGUGGGAUGUGCGACUAAUCUCAUCGCAGGCGCAACAGUUCCCCUAUGCGGGUGGCCAGAGCACCCCAGUGGGCAUGUCCCAGCUGGUUUCCAGCAUGCUUGAAACUGUUCAGGCCAUGCACGUUGGCGGAAUCCCAGCCUAUGAGUGCCUGUCCUUUUUGGAAUCCAAACUGCAGGAGAUCUAUUUACAAUCGGAGACGCUGGCCGCAUUUCUGCUCGAAACGGAUCCUUGUCCGCUAAGCGAUAUAACAACGCCGCUGCAGCUGUCCGAGAAUGAUGUGCCGCUGCUGCUGUCCAUUGCCUACAUACACACGCCGAAGAUCAGUCGCAAAUGCGGCCUCAGCUUUAGAUGACAGACGCUCACCUGGAGUUGGUAGCGUCUGGGCGGGACCAAUCAUUGCCAAACCAUCAUUGUUCGUAUCAAAAUUCAUAAUGCAUCAUCCAUAGCGAAACAAGCAAAUACUCCAGCGAAUUUUCAUUUCACUGAUUUUGUGAUAUAUUUUUAUGAAUAAUAGGGUGUAGUAAAUGCAGAUUACGUUAGUUAGGGCAUUCGGCAGCUUAACAUAACCAAACAAAACAAAACAAAACAAACAAUCAACAACAACAAAAAAUCAAGAGAAACACUCAUACAACAAAUAACAUACAUGCAUAAAUAACAUACAUUUAUAAUUAUUUAUCAUACAGCGAUAUAAUUUAGGCAACCCACUCAUCGAUCGCAGUCACAUGAAAGAAGUAUUGUAAAUUAUUUGAUUUAGGUUUAGUUAGCACGAUUGUGCACACGAUUUAGUAGCACUCUCCAAGUUGCUAUCGAUGGAACGAUCGAACGAUCGAUCGUUCGCCUGACGACAUUGUAUCAUGUGCUCGAGCUACGUGUAGUGUUUGAAUUAGAUUUAAUAAUUUAUGACAACAAUAAUCUAUUAAUCGAUUUAAUUAUAUUGUUUACCCAUACAAUACGCAUAAAUAAGAUUAUAUAGAAUUAAGUAGGGGAGCGCCGGAUAGCAUUCGAGAAUUAACUACAACACAUAUGUAUACAUAUAUGUAUAUUUAAGCAAUGAAUAAAUUUGUAUGACUAUUUUUGAAACAAGAGAUAAUCAACUA